GUGGUUGCGGCUCCUUUAAGAGUACCUGGGUGGAGCUGGAGAGGAAGUGAAGUGUCAUCGGCACACUAGUCAAAACAGUAAGAAGUGGAGCAGCGGCGCUUUGAUAAUAUUCUCUUACAGUAAUGAAACUAAACUCAAGCACAGAAGCACAGAACUGAGAUAACCCCAAAGAAAAAAGUCCAACGGCGUCAAGUCACAUGAUCUUGGUGGCCAAUUCACAUCACCAUUUUUAAUAUUGUGCCAGCUGUUGGGAAUCGUGGAGUCAUAGUGAAGAAUGUGGUAUCUUGGUGAAGAAUGUUCCGCAAGGUCAAAAAGCGCCAUAGCAGCAGCAGCUCUCAAAGCAGUGAGAUUAGCACCAAGAGCAAGUCUGUAGAUUCCAGUCUGGGAGGCCUGUCCAGAUCCAGCACGGUUGCCAGCCUUGAUACAGACUCCACCAAGAGCUCAGGGAACAGUGCGUCUGAGGCAUGCUCUGAGUUUAGGGUGAAAUAUGUGGGAGCUAUCGAGAAGCUGGACUUUGAGAUGAGCAAGACUCUGCAGGAGCCAUUAGACCUGGUCAGCUAUAUUGAUGCAGCGCAGCAAAAUGGAAAGCUGCCGUUUGUGCCUGGAGAAGAAGAGGUGAUCCUGGGAGUCUCCAAAUAUGGAGUCAGAGUGGCAUCCGUGGACCAGUGUGUUGUGUUACAUCGUCACCCGCUCUACCUGAUUGUGCGCAUGCUGUGCUACGAUGACGGCCUCGGAGCCGGAAAGAACCUCCUGGCACUCAGCACCACUGAUGCAAAGCAGCAGGAGUUCAACAUCUGGGUGUACCAGUGCAGCAAUGCAGAGCAAGCCCAGGCGAUCUGCAAAGUUCUCUCCGCUUCCUUCGACUGUGCUCUGACCUCCGAGAAAUCUUGAGAAUCUUCGGUCUUCUUCCAAAGGCUAGGUUUCUUUCAGAGCUAAAGCUAAAUGUCAACAAAAUGUCAAGCCCUGGUUGUUGUUUACAAUAUCAAUAUCAGUAGAAGUUGCCCUGUUCAACCUGAUUUAAUGCAAAAGUGGCUUCUCUUCUCAUAGCCAUUAUGUGUAGGAAUACAUUUAGUGAAUCUGCUUUAAUGUCAGUGAAUCAGGGGAAUUUCUGAACAAAAUAGUGUUUACAUAAGUUGUUAAUCUUUACCAGCAUCAUCACCAUCUUCAUCAUCCAAAGGUCUGGCAAGGCUUGACAAGUUGGGCCAUUUCUAUUUUUGUACCCUAAUUUAAUCUUAUUUAAUGUAAAUAUGCAUACAGCACUGUGCACGGUUCUGCCAUGGCCCGGUAUCUGCAGUUUCUGAGCAUCUCGUGGGAUUAAUACUAUCAACGGUACAGUAAUUACAGUGAGUACGAAAGAGCACAAGGACUGCUCAGUGAUCAUGCUGGAAAAUCCAGCUCUCUGUAGCCUGUGGAUGGAAUGCUGGGGUGGUCUGUUUUUCAGUGUUUGUAACAGACAACGUUUUUCUGGUCCUCCAUAAUUUUCGGAUCCAGAUUUGAAUGGGUCUGUUAAUACGGUACAAUAAAAGUUACAUUUUGAGUUCAAA